ACAUGCUGCUUCCGGGGGAACUGUAGAAGCGCAGCGCUUAUUGCGGGCGGAUGAAGGUUGUCGGACGGACCGGAAGUAAAGUGGUUGGAGGAUGAUCAGGUGCCUUCAGCUCCUCAGUGCAGCAGGGAGAGGAGUGCUGCUCCGCAGAGGCCCGGCCCCGCCUGCCCCGCACAGACACGUACAUUGCUCGGAGUGUGCGGCCCAGUGUGCGGCCCGGUUGGACACGGAGGGAAGGGCAGACGGAGCGGAGGCCGCUGAGCCGGACGGAAGCCUGAGUUACACCGAGGAGGAAGCGGACACCAUUCUCCAUGUGCUCAAUACUGCCCCCCACAGUGAGCUGGCUGCCAUCAAGCUGCUCCGGGGCAAGAGAGCCGCCAGUAUUGUGCAGUACAGGGAGCAGCAUGGGCCAUUCCUAGACCUGCGAAGCGUUGUCUCAGUGCCGCACUUCCAGCACAAAAUCACCGUGAAAGUGUUCGACUCCAUCCUCAGCCCCGGGGAGAGAGACGCCCAGAAGGAGCGGCGGCCGGAGGGCAGGGGCAGGUUCAUAAAGCCCGACGUCCCCACAGAGAGGCUCCAGGCUACGGAAAGCAUAGUGUCUAUUGUGUUUGGAAUAAAGAAAAUGGCGUGGGCCCACGUGGGGCGCUCCAUGACUGUGUACGAGUGGCAGCAGCAGGAAUGGUUCCGCUUCAUGAAGGGGCCCUACUUUGCUCACGUGUACCUGGAGGAUGUCUCGGCAGCAGUUUCCCAGUUGCCGCAGGCAGAUUUCUACGUUCUGGAGAAGCCGGGAAUAUCGAUGCAGAACAGCAGCCUGUUCCCAGUAAUGUUACAUAUGCGCACAGUGGAAGCCAUGCUCUAUGCCAUGCUGAGUGGGCAGCGCCCAGCCGACGGAGGGCACAGGGUACUGAGCAUGGCGAGAAGCAGCGUGGGCAAGCACUUUGAUCUCAUGGUGGGAGAAUCGCGCACCAGCGGGCUGGACAUUGCCAAGCAGCUACUCACUAACAGCGCGGCCCAGGAACAGCCCAGGGUUCGAUUCCCCCCAGAUUCCAUCUUCCGAUAUAGGAACCACUUGCAGCCCCGGGGGCAGAACAGGAACGAGGAGCUGUGUGAUGCCCUAUUGCAGGCAAUUGCCUUCUAUGAACUGGCCGUCUUCUAGGCCUUCAACACUGGGUUAUUGGUGGGGAGCGCAGCUCUGCCCCUAGGCACGGACACCCCCCCAAACACAGGAUUAUAGGGCACCCUGUGGGGAGCGCAGCUCUGCCCCUAGGCACGGACACCCCCCCAAACACGGGAUUAUAGGGCACCCUGUGGGGAGCGCAGCUCUGCCCCUAGGCACGGACACCCCCCCAAACACGGGAUUAUAGGGCACCCUGUGGGGAGCGCAGCUCUGCCCCUAGGCACGGACACUCCCCAAACACGGGAUUAUAGGGCACCCUGUGGGGAGCGCAGCUCUGCCCCUAGGCACGGACACCCCCCCAAACACGGGAUUAUAGGGCACCCUGUGGGGAGCGCAGCUCUGCCCCAUGGCAGUAACACCCCCAAACACGGGAUUAUAGGGCACUCUGUGGGGAGCGCAGCUCUGCCCCUAGGCACGGACACCCCCCAAACACAGGAUUAUAGGGCACCCUGUGGGGAGCGCAGCUCUGCCCCAUGGCAGUUACACCCCCAAACACGGGAUUAUAGAGCACCCUGUGGGGAGCGCAGCUCUGCCCCAUGGCAGUUACACCCCCAAACACGGGAUUAUAGGGCACCCUGUGGGGAGCGCAGCUCUGCCCCUAGGCACGGACACCCCCCCAAACACAGGAUUAUAGGGCACCCUGUGGGGAGCGCAGCUCUGCCCCAUGGCAGUUACACCCCCAAACACGGGAUUAUAGGGCACCCUGUGGGGAGCGCAACUCUGCCCCUAGGCAGUAACACCCCCAAACACGGGAUUAUAGGGCACCCUGUGGGGAGCGCAGCUCUGCCCCUAGGCACGGACACCCCCCAAACACGGGAUUAUAGGGCACCCUGUGGGGAGCGCAGCUCUGCCCCAUGGCAGUUACACCCCCAAACACGGGAUUAUAGGGCACCCUGUGGGGAGCGCAGCUCUGCCCCUAGGCA